AGCAGAAUCAGGAGAAAUGGGACACCCGGGGUUAGAAUGUGGUGGAGGAACUCGAUUGUGACCCAGACACUGGAGAAUAGAACAGCGUCUGUUACAUCACAAAACCAGGGGAGGUUCCCCAGCCAAUACCGAGCCCUUCUGGCAACAAAUGGCCACAAACCGAUCAAAGGUGAAAGUGACGGUGAACCAGACAGAGCAGUCAGUGGCUGCAUAAAGCAGGACGGCGUGGAUAUUACACACGGGGACGGAGUACCUCAGGAAAUAAAACUGUUCCUGAUAAACAAUGGGAAUGUGUCUCAGGAUCAGGUCGAGGAUAAUGACCAGGAGAUCCGCCGCUGCCAUGGCCCCCAGGUAUCUGUGUUAGCUGUUUGGAAUCAGAAUUGGCUGGCCAGCAGAAGACAGCGAGUGGUAGUAGAAGGAAAAUAUUCUGCCUGGAAGUCUGUGAAUCCCUGCAGUGUGGAAACAAGCCCUUCGGCCCAACAAGUCCAUACCAACCUUCCAAAGAGUAACCUUCCCAUGGCCUUACAGUUACAACUGACUAGUGCACCUAAAGUAGAAAUCUCUGAACACUAUGGACUAUUGAAUUAUACAGCUUUGGGCUGUGGGAGGAAACGGGAGCACCCAUCAGAAGCUCACGCACGCAAGGGGAGAAGAUGCAAACUCCACACAGAUAGUCGCCGAGGCUGGAAUUGAACUCAUGCCCUUGAUGCUGUGAUGGAACAGUGCGAACUACUGAGCCACUGUGCUAACCUGGAACCUCCCGCCAGCCUAAUGCAAAGGGAAUUCAGCCAAAUCCAACUCUCCCAGGAUAAAAUCCCAUUGCUAGCAGCUGUGUGAGUACAAUAUCUUCAGAAGCAGAAUAACAUUUUGGACAAUCUCGCAAUUUUUCCUUUUGUCAUUAGUUGCACUAAUAUUUGGACAAGGUUCUUUCAAUGUGAAAUUGCAGAAUGUGUGUGUGUGUGUCAGUGUUUUUAGAAAGGGAAAUAUGGAUUCUUUAUUUGCAAUAUCCAAACAGUUUGCCAUUCAUCAUUCCAUCAUAGUUGGAGUCACAUUGCUCUGGAUCAUAAACGUGUUGUUUUAGCAGAUUAAAGAAACUAGCCUGACUUGUUCCUAAAACUGACCCUGACCCAGUCUGAGACCGAUAUCAUCGGCUAUAUCACCGACCUGGUUACAUUUAACAUUUGUUGUGAGCAGUGGAGGAGUGGGACUAGAAAAGGAAACAGUGACCCGAAAAGCCGGGGAACUAUAGACCGGUGAGCCUGAUGUCAGUGGUGGGUAAGUUGUUGGAGGGGAUCCUGAGGGAUAGGAUUUAGAUUAACAUUUGGGAAGGUAAGGGAUGAUCGGGGUAGACAACGUGGCUUUCUGCAUGGGAAAUCAUGUCUCAUUAAUUUGAUUGAGAUUUAUGAAGAGGUGACAAAGAUGAUUGAUGAAGGCAGUUUGGUAGAUAUUGUCAAUAUGGACCUCAGCAAGGUGUUCAUUACAUUCCGAUUGGUAGAUCAGUAAGAUUCGGUCACAUGGGAUACAGAGGAAGCUAAUCACAAUUGGCUUGAAGGAAGAGGGGUAUUGUUCAGACUGGAGGCUUGUGAGCAGCAGUGUGCUGUAAGAAUCAGGACUGAGUUCACUGCAUUUCAUCAUUUAUGUCAAGGAUUUAGAUGUGGAUAUUGGGGCCAUAGAUAGUAAGUUUAAAGACGACAUCAGAAAGGUGCUGUAGUAGAUUAUCUCAGAGUACAACGAGACCACAAAUAGAUGGAACAAAGGGUCAAGGAGUGACAGAUGAAGUUUAGUUUAGAUAAAUACAAGGUUACGCAUUUUGGGAAGGUACAUCAGGGGAGAAAUGAUACACUUAAUGGUAAGGUCCUGGUGAGUGUUGUGAAACAAACGGACAUAGGGCUGCAGGUACAUUGUUCCUUGAAAGUGGAGUUGAAUGCAGACAGUGCGGUACAGAACACUUUUACAAAUUUGCCUUAAUCAGUCAGAGCAUUGAGUAUAGGAGUUGUGGUGGCAUGUUGUAUCUGUACAGGAUGUUGGUGAGGCCACUGUAAGAAUACUGCGUACAACUCGGUUUUCUGCAGAAAAGAUUUACAUGGAUGUCCCAGGACUGGAGGUUUGAGCUUUAGGUAGAGGUUGAUUAGUUUGAGGUGUUUCUCCCUGGGGUGUCAGAGGCUGAAGGGUGACAUUAUAGAGGUUUAUAAAAUCAUCAGGGACAUGGAUAUUCUGAACAGCCACGUUCUGCUCCCCAGGAUAGGGGAGUCCAGAACAGGAGAGCAUAGGUUGAAGGGGAGAGGGCGAAUGAUUUAGAAGGGACCUGAAGAUAAAUGUUUCACACAGAGAGUGGUGUGCGUACAGAAAGUGCUUUCAGAGGAAGUGCUGAAGGCAGUUACAAUCGCACAUUUAAAAAGUAUCUGAAAGAGGAGGGAUAUUGGCCAAAUGCUGGUAAAUGGGACUGGAUCAGAUUUGAAAUCUCAACAGAGUGAACAGAUUGGACUAACGGGUCUGUUUCCGUUCUGUAUGACUCUCUGAUUCUAUAAGAGGGAUAACGAACAAUUCUGAAAGUACCGUUCAAAUCCGAAUCCUCUUCACUGGAAGUUUAUCGUGCCUCUACGUUCACAUUGAUUUAAAGUUGCGUUAGUGAAAUAUAUGACAGAGAACUGAGUCAUGGAUAAUGGGACGCAGACAGGAAAGUGGGGCUGAGACCCCAACCUGAUCAGCUAGAAUCUUAGUGCCUGGUGGAGAAGGUUCAACGUAUCUAAUGACUCACUCCUGUCCCUCAAUCCCGUGGUCCUGUGUUCCAUUCAGCCCAUUAAACCUGUUAGGCAGGAGCAUUUAGAGGCUACUUACUUCUAUAACCUGUUGCACAGAAACAGAGGAGAUCAUUCAGCCCUUCAAGACUGUCCCACACCCGUUGAGGUGAUUUGGGAAAUGUAAUUGUAAAACCCAGGCUGGGUAUGAAAGAGGCCCCUCAUCUCUCUUUACAGAACUUCCCCUCUCUGAAACUUAUGCUCAAUUAGCUGGUCAUAUUGUAGACCCAAAUUCAUGAUGAAUACAGCCCCCAUAUCUCACCCAGCGAUGGCUCACAAAAUCCUCUGGUCUCCCUGACGGCAACAUUCAAUAACAGAACAUUCAUGAAAAUAACACCCACUAACUUUCCAACAACAGAAUGUGAGAACAUCAGACACAGGGGCAGGUCGUUCACUCCCCAAACCUGCCUUGUCCUCCACUAAGAUCUUGACUGAUCUGCUCUUGGUCUCAAAUCCUCUUUCAUACCCAAUUCAUCAUCGCCCUCACCUCUCUGACAGGACACAAGGGGUCAGGUAAAAAUGACUGGCCCUGAUAUCAAGGCUUCUGUUGACAUCAAGGAGCUUAACAAAUCUGAACUUAAUGGGAAUCAGAGAAAACUCUCCAGUGUUUGGAGUCAAACAUGACACAAAGGAAGAUGUUCACCAUCUCAGUCCUGGGUCACCUGUUUGGAAAAUCCUCAGGGAAGCUUCCUCUUCACAAACAUCUUCAGCUGCUUCAUCAAUGUCUCCCCGCCCACACCCUCCCCACCAUAAGAUCCGAAGUGGGGGUGGUCACUGAGGAUUCCACAAUUUGACGCCCCCGUCAGCUCCUGAACUGGACUGUGUCCAUGUGCAGCAAGACAUGGACUCCAUUGAGGCUUGUGCUUUUAAAGAGUCCAUAACAUUCAUAUAAAGGAUUGCCACAGUAAAAUAAGAGAUCAUUCCGCACCUCUCACUGGUUUCACAGGAAUAUGAGGAAGUCGUUCAGCCCAUUGAUACUAUUGGAGAAGAACAGGGACAGCCCAUUCAGUGCCAUUAGAUUACUUACAGUGUGGAAACAGGCCCUUCGGCCCAACAAGUCAACACCGACCCGCCGAAGCGCAACCCACCCAUACCCCUACAUUUGCCCCUUACCUAACACUACAGGCAAUUUAGCAUGGCCAAUUCACCUAACCUGCACAUCUUUGGACUGUGGGAGGAAACCGGAGCACCCGGAGGAAAUCCACACAGACACGCGGAGAACGUGCAAACUCCACACAGUCAAUCGCCUGAGUC